AUGUCCGUCUCUAAAUGCUUACUUAGCCAUCUGUCCCCAUUUCACGCUCUCGCUUUCUCGUUAUAUCUUUCUUGUUUCCGCCCACUGAGAACUUUACUUUCUUUCUACCUCACUCUUUCUCGGGCACUUGACUAUUCACUCUAUUUUAAAAUAUUAGCAUUCUGUCACUUGGUUCCGUCGUUGAAGAUUUUAUCUAUCUAUCUAUCUAUCUAUCUAUCUAUCUAUCUAUCUAUCUAUCUAUCUAUCUAUCUAUCUUAUCUAUCUAUCUAUCUAUCUAUCUAUCUCUAUCUAUCUAUCUAUCUAUCUCAAUCGAUUCAUAUCCAUCUAUCUAUCAAAUUCGGUCCAUAUCUAUCUAUCUAUCUAUCUAUCUAUCUAUCUAUCUAUCUAUCUAUCUAUCUAUCUAUCAAAUUCGGCCCAUAUCUAUCUAUCUAUCUAUCUAUCUAUCAAAUUCGGCCCAUAUCUAUCUAUCUAUCUAUCUAUCUAUCUAUCUAUCUAUCUAACGUAUUCUUGCCAUUUUUAUUUACUUCUUUGUUUUCACUGCCUCGCGGCUCCAUUAGCAAUCUUUCUUCCUCUCUCACUCUCUGUGUCCUCUCUCUCUCUCUCUCCCGGUUUCCCUCUCUCCUUGCCAAAAGAAGAUUUAAAGUGACCUCUCUGAUUCUCUGUCUUGUCCUCUCUUUUUCUUCGCUUUCAUUUUUACUAACUCUCUGUUUCUUGACUACAUCUCGCCUCGGACAUCAAUACUUUUGA